AUGCAGCAUCUAGUACGACCACAUGCAGUGACAUGUCGCUUUGGGACCCCGAACACCUGCAAGCACAAACAGUCAUUGGCUCUGCGCAAGCCCUUCGGUCCUAGCUGCUCACAAAGCCCUAGCUGGGUGGGUGCAACCUUGGCUGUGGGAUUCCAUAUCACGCACAAAGCCUUCAAAGCCUUUAGACUCCUUAGACAUCGGCAAGCUCCAGGGCCUCGCUUCUCAUCGACGAUGAGUGCAGCUCACCGGGAGGAGACGGCAUGUGAAGGCGAAGUCUUCUUGUAUGACCAAAUGUUCGGAUACGCAGGUUUCGAGGCCGGCGCUGCACAUGAGCGCUGUGAGGGCUCCAAAGCUGUGGUUUGCAUUGGGGGCCUGACCGAUGGCUUGUUGAGCUUGAGAUACUUGCCCGCGCUGGCCGCAGAAUUGCGGCGCGUUGGCUGGCGAACGUUUCAACCUGUGCUUGAAAGUAGUUACAGGGGCUGGGGAUUGGCAAGUCUUGACGAAGAUGUUGCUGGAAUCGACAAGUUUUUGUCUUUCUUGCUUUCGAGCCGUGGGAUUACAGAAGUCGUCCUGCUGGGAUCUUCAACUGGAUGUCAAGAUGCCGUGCACUACUUGAAAGCUGGAAAGCUCAUCAGCCAUGUGCGUGGAAUCGUACUCCAAGCUCCGGUUAGUGAUCGCGAAGCUUUGGAAGUCGAAGCAGGUGACGAGCACAUUCAAUCCCUCCACGAGUUUGGGGAGCUGGCCAGCAAAAUGAUAUCUGAGGGACGUGGGGAAGAGAUGAUGCCGCGGGCGGCUUGUGAGUUAUUCGGUCCUCCGCAUGUGAUCUCUGCCUAUCGUUUCGACUCGCUGUCCAGACGCUUGGGCGACGACGACAUGUUCUCAUCAGAUUUAUCACAAGACGAGCUGAUGCAGAGACUUGGUCAUGUGCAUACCCCUGCCUUGUUGGUGGCAUCUGCUGAUGACGAAUAUGUGCCCAAGAGAGUGGAUGCAUCCAAGCUGUGCCAUCGCAUGGCAGAUGCCAUGGCUGCUGGCGUGGCACAGACUGCGGAGUGCUUGGUGCUGGCCCAAGGCGGCCAUGGAGUGCGCGGGCCAGAACCACAGACCCGCUUCAUCCAUGCAGUUGCGGGAUUUGUUGAUCGGCUGGCCGGCGCUGGCCUCCCCGAGGAUGGGCGCCUUUCUCCACUCACUUGGGAAGUCUCUCUGGCGGAUGUGCUUCGUGAGCGAGCCGCCGCCCUGCCUGAGAAGCCCCUGCUUGUUGCGCUCGCGGGGAUGCCAGGCUCUGGCAAGAGCCGAACGUCGCAGAUUUUGUUGCGGCUGCUUCACGAUUGUCUUGUGAUACCGAUGGAUGGGUUUCAUACCAAGCUGUCAGACUUGAAGACCAGACCAGAUGCCGAAAACGUGGUUUACCGGCGAGGAGCUCCAGACACGUUUGACGUUUCGUUGCUGAAAGAAGCACUGCAAAAGGUCAAGUCUGGGUCCUCAAGCGUGAAGUUCCCUGCGUUCGAUCAUGCACGAGGAGAUCCAGUGGAAGAUGCAAUUUGCUUUGACCGCGACAUCCAUCGGAUCGUCGUUGUGGAGGGAUUGUAUCUCUUAUACGACAAGGAUGAGUGGCAAGGCAUAUCAACGCUUUUUGACUACAAAGUCUACUUGGAUGCUGACAUUGAGGAGUGCAUCGGCCGAGUGAAGGAGCGCAACAAAGUGAUUCCAGGCUACACUCCGCAGGAAAUAGACGAGCGUUGUGAGAAGGUGGACCGCAAACAUGCGGAGGUUGUUCAGCUGACGAGUGGAGACGCAGACCUCCAUGUGGGGCCAAGUCUCUCCCAGGGCCAAAACUGA